GUAAAUAGUAUUACAAAUUACCGGCAGCUACAAUGCUGGUAAAUUUGCAAUAGAGGUGUUUUUAGCCGCAGGAAGGCUUUUCAGGGAGAUUAGUCACCGAAGAGGCAAUUUGUUGCAGAGCGACUAAAUCUCCCAGAAUCUUUCCAUGUGUGUCUCUCUGUCCUAAAGGAAAAGAAGAAAAGAAACAUUGAACUUCCAUGAAAGGACGCGACCAAACUUUCAAAGACUAACCCGAGUAGGCGGGGUUUUAUAACAUAAUCUUCUUUCUACUGAAUGAGCCAUGUGGGCGCGGCUUAUUUGGCUACUUUCGAUAUCGCUUCCUGGAUUUGCGUUCCAAGUCUCGGUCUGAUUAAAGCCGUACUAAGGUCUCUGUGCGGAAGAACCCAGCUGGUUGCUGUAGAAGGCAGACCGGAAGUUCCGGCUGGUGGUGUCAACAGCUGUCUGUGUUUAGGGUUUUGGGCUGUAGCUGUGUCAGUGGAGCGCCCUGUGAGCGGGGUUGGAAGCUCACAGAGGGGAGGACUGUUGUGGGAGAUAUGUGGGGCCACAAGGGCCGGUGCUUAGGGUUUGGCCUGACUUUUCUUGUUAUGAAGAGCAACCUGGGGAUCUAUAGUGGAGCCUGUGCUUGUGGAUUCUGACUUUAACCUGUACAUAUCAGGGACAUUACAAGGGCUCUGUGACAUUAACCUGUAAGUGUCAGGAAGGAUAUAAGGGCCUUCAUUAAUUUGUCUGUGUAUUACUGUAGUAUGGGAUUUAUCUGUGGCUGUUAGAGGCAUUAUAGGGGCCCUCAUUAAUUUGUCUGUGUAUUACUGUAGUAUGGGACUCAUCUGUGGGUGUUAGAGGCAUUAUAGGGGCCCUCAUUAAUUUGUAUGUGUAUUACUGUACCUGGGAGAAUAAGCUGUGAGUGCAGGCGGUUCAGUCAGUGCUUAUAUCUAUAGAGUGAAACAUUGGGUUCUUAUUAAGCAUUAUAGGGUUUCUUGUGCUGGUUGUUUAAGUGGGACACACAGAGACACUAUCCCACCAGCAUUGGUUUGAGCAUUGACAAACACUUGAAUAUAUAACGUUUAUAUAAUGUUUAUGCCAAGUUUAACAACAAAGGCGUGACUAGAUAUUUGGAAAUUAGUCUUUUUAUUUGAUCUUGGGGCGGGGGAAACCUCAACUUUUUUCUUUAAAUAUAAUUUUUGGGUCCCCUUGAUCAAGGGGUCCCUCGCCAUCUGUGAAAUUGGGGGUGGCACCAAGCAUCCCGAGGAUUGGAGGGGUGACUGCGGGAGGCCCUGGGAUGAAAGGGAAGGAGGAGGGUGGUGGAGGACGCCCCUCGGGGGUCAGUGGGGGGUCCGGUGGUACAGAAGGUAGUCCAGAAAAGAGCGUCAGUGCCCAAGAGCUAAAAGAACAAGGCAACAGGCUGUUUGUGGCCCGGAAAUACCAAGAGGCUGUGUCCUGUUAUAGCAAAGCCAUUACCAGAAACUCCUCCAUUGCUGUGUAUCACACUAACCGGGCGCUAUGCUACCUGAAGAUGCAGCAGCUGGACAAGGCCCUGGCAGACUGCAAACAUGCCUUAGAGUUGGACUGUCAGUCGGUGAAAGCCCACUUCUUCCUGGGGCAGUGUCAGAUGGAACUAGAGAACUAUGAUGAAGCCAUUGCCAAUCUGCAGAGAGCAUAUAACCUGGCCAAAGAGCAGAGGCUGAACUUCGGAGAUGAUAUCCCCGGUGCCCUGCGAAUUGCCAAGAAGAAACGUUGGAACAACAUAGAGGAGAGACGGAUCAACCAGGAGAACGAGCUGCACUCGCAUCUCACCAAACUCAUCCUGGCAGAGAAAGAGAGGGAACUCGAAGAAGCAGAGAGAAAACACCAAGAAGAUAACGUAGAGGAGAAUAGAGGUCGAGCCCUGUUGUCUAGUGUGGCUUCGAAACAUGACAAGUAUCUUGCUGAGAUGGAGGAACUUUUCUCUCAAGUGGAUGAAAAGAGAAAGAAGAGAGACAUCCCAGAUUAUCUGUGUGGCAAGAUCAGUUUUGAGCUCAUGAGAGAACCCUGCAUAACACCCAGUGGAAUCACGUACGAUAGGAAAGACAUUGAGGAACAUCUCCAGAGGGUCGGACACUUUGAUCCAGUAACUAGAAGCCCUUUGACUCAAGAUCAGCUCAUCCCCAACCUGGCCAUGAAGGAGGUGAUCGAUGCAUUUAUAUCAGAGAAUGGCUGGGUGGAGGACUAUUGAUUGUGGAGAAGACUAACGGUGGCCUGGCAUUGCAAUUUGAUUCCUACUCCUCUUGUGCCUGUCUAGCCUUAAGCCUUACUCAUCUCCCUUAUGUGUCAGAGCCUAGUCUCUUCUAGAGCUUAUUCUAGAUCAAGCAACCCGAGUCUGCUUCUUUGGCUAUUUGCCUUGGUCAUUUGUUUGUGUGCGUUUGCCAUAGUCACAAAUACGGUGACCUUCCAGUGAGCCUGCCUGCUUUUCACUUAAAG